UUAUUUUGAAACUCGAUUAGGAAACUCCACCGGAAGUAUCUUACUGUGGCUAGCGUCACAUGAUCUGCUCAGCGUAGUUCACACUGUCAAACAAAGAAGACAUGUCCAAUCGCAGGGUCCUGGUGUUCCCGUCUGCGGCGGAGCUGGGUCCGGCGCUGGCUCGUCUGGUGACCGUGCGGGCGGACCAGGCGUGCGGGUCGGCCAGGGGCCGUUUCUCUGUGGGCGUGUCGGGCGGCAGCCUGGUGGCCAUGUUAGGCAAGGAGCUGACCUCCCUGCCCGACCUGGACUGCAGCCGUUGGCUCGUGGGCUUCUGCGACGAGAGAGUGGUCCCGUUCAGCGAUCCGGAAAGCACCUACGGGCUGUACAAGGAUCAGCUUUUCUCCAAAGUCAAUAUACCUGAGAGUGGAGUUCUGGCCAUCAACCCAAGUUUACCUGUGCGAGAGUGUGCAGAGGACUACGCUCGCAAACUGAGCGAGAACUUCCCCGGUGAGGCAAUCCCUGUUUUUGACCUGCUGCUCCUGGGGAUGGGUCCCGAUGGACACACCUGCUCACUCUUCCCAGACCACCCCCUGCUGGAGGAGAGCCAGAAGACGGUGGCCCCCAUCAGCGACUCGCCCAAGCCUCCCCCUCAGCGCGUCACCCUGACACUGCCCGUGGUCAACGCUGCACGCUGUGUGGCAUUUGUGUCAACAGGGGGCAGCAAAGCCUCUGUGCUGAAGCGGGUCCUGGAGGGUGGGGAAGGCCCAGUUCUGCCUGCAGCAAGGGUGGCCCCUGGCAAGGGAGAGCUCCUCUGGCUCCUGGACGAGCCAGCCGCGGCCUCCCUGACCCUCCAGGUGGAGAGGCCAGCUCCUGGUGCACACAUCUGAAACACCACCAAGGGGAGCCAGAGAGAGGAACUUGACAUCUGUAGGGACGUUAGAAGAGUACUAAGCACUUUUGCACUGAUGGUUCUGAAAGCAAAUGUGAACUCCUUGAAAUCGACACAAAAGAAAACUUGCAGUGAGGGGGGUAUAAUUAUGUGUUGCACACAGAAGUGAAGCUCGUGGACCGUGUUAUUUCCAGUAGAUUUUUUCCCCUGUUUUGUCCAUCUGGUUGUUCAUUUGGCACUUAGCGGGAAAGGUUCUGGACAAAAUAGGAAGACUUAUUUUUGAAUCCAUUCCAUUUAAAUUUUUUUAAAUUUAUUUUUAGGCUGUGCAGUGCUGAAAACGAGAGUGCCCUGGAAUAAACAGCCAUGUUUGAAAAUGCACUCUGGUUCUCACUCACAGGUUUCUCAGUUCUGAAAAGCUGUUUAAAUCCUUUAUUGAUUAAUUAUUUUUUUACUCUCGACCUGAAUAAACAGACGUUUUUUCCCCCCUGUA